AUGAAGAAAACAGGCAUAAUGCAGAAAUUCAAAUCUCAGAUCUCGGGUCCACCCCCACCCCCAAGCUACGAGGAGGCAUCAAAGCAGGGAGCUGAUGGAGGGGACCCACCACCAUACCACAACUGGCAAGAAGCCGUCCCGGACACCGCUAUCUUCCCACCACCACCAGUAUCAGGUUACUACACCUCAGGCACAGGAAAUGCAUCCAGUGACGAUGCAGAGCGAGCCCAUGCAUUCUGCAACAACACUCCACUCUACAUCCCAGCUCGACCCUCCGAGGUCGUCUACAGCGCAGUCCAACAUCACGACCUACGACCCGUACGAGCAAAUGAAUUCGUCGGAAACCUCCAAUCAACGGGCCAGGGAAAAUGGUACGGUCACACUGCAGACCAAAACGGAGACUGCCUAGUCACUACGCAUCUACCACUCUACUUUGCCGCUGCAGACUCACCCUUUAUCCGUGAGAUGCACAAAAUGAUCUAUUUCGAGGUGAAACUGCUGGCUCGCAGGGCCAAACCUGGAUCGGGAAAUGCUGACGAAAGUGGCUUCUCCAUCGGGUUCGUGGCUCAGCCCUAUCCCUCCUGGCGAUCACCCGGCUGGGAGCGGGGAAGCCUGGGUAUCUUCUCCGACGAUGGGUGUCGAUUCGUGAACGAUUCGUGGGGUGGGCGGGACUUUACUUCCCCUGUUAAUGUGGGUGAGACCGUUGGGGUUGGCAUGGUCUUUUCCCUUCCUGAGUUUAGCGGCGAUGCGAGACAUCAGGGGAUCAAGCGGCCUUGUAAGGUGGAGGUAUUCUUCACCCGGAAUGGCCAUCGGGCCGGGGGGUGGGACUUGCACGAAGAGGUGGAUGAAGAAUCCGGGGGAAUCAAUGGUCUGGAAGGUGAUUUCGAUCUAUAUGGGGCCAUUGGGGUGUUUGGUGGCGUCGACUUUGAAUCCUGCUUUGACCCUGCAGGUUGGCUUUGGCAGCCUGCGCAGUAG